AGUCAGGAGAAGCGAGAGCUGCUGGGGAUGACAGUUGCUUCAGGCAACCCUGGGGAGGACAGGGUCGGGGGUAAAAAUCACCGGCGAGGGCCUGAGCUAAGAAGGGCAUGGAGGGGUACCGCGGCGCCGAGUGCGACAGGGCGUCUGAGACCUCCUCCUUCGUAGAGGAUGAAGAAGAAGAGGAAGAAGAAGAAGAGGAGGAGGAAGAAGAGGAAGAAGAAGAGGAGGAGGAGGAGGCUGUGGACCCGGAGGAAGCGGAGGAGCUGACUAACAGUUUGAAAGACAUUAUCCAAAGCGAAGAUGUGAAACCCAAGCUGCAGUACAUCAUGACUAACCCUUCGUUUUCUAUGGUAACGGUUCAAAGUGAAGACAGUGGGAUAACCUGGGAAACCAGCUCGAGCAGAUGUUCUACUCCCUGGACCUCAGAAACUAGUACAACUUCUGAUCUUUACAGUAUGGAAAGUUCACCAGUAGGUUCUCCUCCAGGAAAAGUUAUCUUUAUUAUGGAUGAAGGUAAGAUUGUUCGGAAAAGGAAGCGCAAAUCUUCAAAUAGGGUGCCAAUGGCUACAAGGCUGAAGGGAGGCCAGGGCAAUAAAAAACGUGACUCUUCUGGAAUGCAGAGGCAAGAACCAAGAACUGUUCUAGGAGAUGUGCAGGCCUCCAUGUUGAACGUUGAACAGGUGGAAGCACAAAACACAGAUGAGGAGAUGUUGGACGACAAAGAAGAUCUAGAGAACAUCGCAGAAGAACCAGUAAAACGUGCUCCGAUACCGUCAAUAUUUAGAGAGAGCAGACUGAGAAAAGUAGGGCCAAUCCUUGGAGGACCAGUACAAGCUAGAAUCCAGCUGUUCAACUCAAUAUUUGGAGGCACCGGGCCAGACCCUGAAACAUUGGAGAAAAUCAGAGUCCGGAGAAGUAGCUCAGUUUCUGGAGAUUCUGAACAGUUCCUUGAAACAUCAGUAAAAGAAAAAUUGCAGAAGUUCAGUUCACUUUCAGAAAGAACAGACCUAAAAGCUUUCCAAAGACUAAGUAGAGAUCUUACAACGCCAUCUGAGAGAAAAAAGGAGAUAAGGGAGAAACUCGCAGCACAAUCAUAUCAAAUCUAUACUUCACCAACAACGCCUCUUAAAAAACAGCUUACUACUAAAGAUGUUAGUAUUAAACCCACUAAAAUGAAAGGUAAAACAAGCAGGUUUUCAAGCUUUGGUGCAAAAACAACUCCUCAACAUGAAGAAAGAAAAGACUCUCUUCUGGAGACUCCAGAUCAGGUAUUGGGGCAGUCACGCAAGUCCUGCCUUCCUGAAGAAGCCAGGAAGCAUCAAAGUUAUUCACCUGCAGAGAAAACAUCAUUGACAGAGGAAUCAGCCUCCAUUUUAUUAGAGUCUGAUGAUAAUCCAGAGAAACAAGUGCCAUUUCCCUCAGCUGAAACUGCAAACCAGAAAUCAGACCAGUCUCUGCUGACAGCUUCAGGUCUUCUGGAUGAACCAAAGGAGCAGGAAAUUCAGCCCAAUUCUGCACCACAGUCUGUUUCCGUAGACAGUGAAUUAGGUAGACAAAGUACCCAACCUAUUUUGCGUAGAGCAUCCAUGUCAGAACAUCCUGAGAGGGAAGCACAGAAGUCAGCAGUUCAGUCUUUCUUACCUGGUGCUCCAUCAGCUAAACACAAAUAUUCCACUCUGUCUGAAACAAGACAGGAGGAUAUUAUUCCUCAGUCAUCGGAAACUGCACAAACUGAGUCUGAACACGUGCUUUUACCACAUUCUGUGGGUGAAACAGAGAAGCAAGAAACUGAGUGUCACUCAUCAACAACUGUACUGUCAGAAACCGAGCCUCCAGGUCUACUGUCUUCUGUUAAAAAAGAAGAGGGUGAAAAGACCUCACCACAAGAAACCAAAAAUAUUCACUUAGAGAAGCAAACAGAGUCAGAACGAGACUUUUCAUCUUCCCUUCAAGAAGCAGAAGAGCAAGGAAUUAAACUAAAUACACCUAUUCCUGAAAAGAUAGAUUCUAAAUAUUUCAGCAUUUCAUACCCUGAUCGCACAAAACCACAAGAAACUCAGAAAACUUCACCUGUAGGUAAAGCAGUAGAUUUGGGUCACAUUGGAAAAAACAAACAAACAGAGAGUGCACAAAUGGAGAUGGAGCACCCAGGUUUCUCAUAUUCCAGAAAAGAAGUUGGGCAAUCAGAGAGAACAAAGAUGGAGACAGAGCAUCCGGACUUCUCUUUUUUCAAGAAAGAAACAGAGGAAUUGGAGUGUGCACAGAUGGAGAUGGAGCGUCCAGACUUCUCUUUUUCCAGGGGAGAGAUGGAAGAACCAGAUAGUGCACAACUGGAGACAGAACAUCCAGAUUUCUCAUAUUCCAGGGACGAAGUGGAAGAAUCAGAGACUGCAAAACUAGAGACAGAAUGUUCAGAAAUGCUUUUUUCCACAAAAGAAACAGAGGAAUCAGAGAGUGCACAACUGGAGACAGAACAUCCAGAUUUCUCAUAUUCCAGGGACGAAGUGGAAGAAUCAGAGACUGCAAAACUAGAGACAGAAUGUUCAGAAAUGCUUUUUUCCACAAAAGAAACAGAGGAAUCAGAGAGUGCACAACUGGAGACAGACCAUCCAGAUUUCUCAUAUUCCAAGGAUGAAGUGGAAGAAUCAGAGACUGCAAAACUAGAGACAGAAUGUUCAGAAAUGCUUUUUUCCACAAAAGAAACAGAGGAAUCAGAGAGUUCACAACUGGAGAUAGAGCAUCCAGAUUUUUCUUCAAAGGAAGAAACAGAAGAAUCAGAGAGUAUACAGCUGGAAAUGGAGCAUCCAGACUUUUCUUUUUCCAGAGAAGAAGUGGAGGAAUCAGAAGGUGCACAGCUGAAGACAGAGCACCCAGAUUUCUCAUAUUCCAGAGAAGAAAUGGCAGAAUCGGAGAGUGCACAGCUGGAGAUGGAGCAUCCAGACUUUUCUUUUUUCAGGGAAGAAACAGAAAAGCAAAAAUCUGCUCCUUUUCAGCUGGAACAGCCAGAGUCUUAUUCUCCUGAAGAUGCAGAGCAAAAAGAAGCAGCACAACCUGCACUGGUACCUACAGAUUUAUCGUGUUUGACGGAAGAGGCAGAGACAGAAAGCACUGCAGAACUUCAGUUGGUACACCCAGAUAUACCAGAUUCCACCAUAAGAGCUGAGACACAGCAAAUUGGAUAUCUGGAAACAGAACAUUUACCAGGUCCCACAAGUGAAACAAAGCAGCAAGAAUUCACACAAGCAGAUGUGGACAAUUCUCUUACAUCAUAUUUUUGUGACAAAAGAGAAGAGCCACAGCCUGUGCAGCAGGAGUCACAGCCUGGAGGUAAGCUGUAUUACCGUGCUGAGGGAGUGCAGGGAGAAACCGCACAACUGCAGUCAGAGCAUCCAGUUUUGUCACAUCCUGCUGGAAAAGAACAGCAACAUGAAACCUCCCAGCUGAGGGCAGAACAGCCAGAGACACCAUAUUCCACUGGCAAAACAAAAAAACAGGAAAUAUUGCAACCAAAGUUGGAACAAGAAGAUUUGCCAUAUUCCCAGGGAGAAACAGCACAAGAAGCUGUACAAAGAGACUUAGAAGGUCCAGAGCCAUCACGUUUCAUUAGCGAAGAAGAGCAACACGAAAAUGCACAACUAGCUUCAGAAAACAUGGAUUUCUCAUUUACCACUGGAGAAGCAGUGCAAGAAGGAGUGGAGGCAGGAUCUUUGGGCUCCUCAUAUUUGACUGACACAGCAAAGCCCUGGGAAAUGGCACAGAUGGAGCAGGAGCAGACCCUUCCCUCCUGCUCCACUGCUGGUGGUCAGCAACAAGAAACAUCAUUGCUGGAUGUGGCCCAGCCAGAUAUAUCUUAUUCAUUUGGCAAAAUGGAACAACAAGAUACCUUACAAAGGGAGCUGGAACAGCAGGAAACAGCCCAACAUAAAGCUAUGCAAAUGGAAAUGGAGUAUUCAGAUUUGUCCGAAAGCUGGCGGAAAGAAGAGCCACAGGUUACAGACCAAAUUAAUUUGGCGGAGCAAGAAAUAGCUCAACCAGCGUCAGUGCAUCCAUCUUUGUCGUAUUCUUUCAGUGAACAAAUGCAAGAAGAAAUGCAAACUGAGCCAGCAUAUCCAGAAGAGACAUUUUAUGUAAGUACAGACAUGCAGGAGAAAAUGACACAACACAAAUCAGAAAUACUACAUCCAGAGCUGGAGCAAACAUUUUUGUCAUCUUCCAGCAGAAAAGAAGCUCCACUGGAAACAGAAAUCAGUUCAGAAUAUCCAGAUUUGUCAUAUUCCUUUCAAGAAGCUGAACAACAGAAAAAGUUAAAACAUCCAACCUUACCAUUUCGUUCGAAGAAACAAGAAACUGCACCACUGGUGAUGGAACGUCCAGAUUUUUCACAUGACGGUGAAGAAAAACCAGGUGACAUCAUGGAGCAGGAGCUGGGACAUCCAGAGCUCUCAUAUUCCAUGGGAGAAACACAAGGACAAUCAGAACAUCCGGAUUCACCAGGAACCCUGGGUGAAACAGCGCAAGUCGAAAGUAUGGAUGUGGAAUCUAAAUACCUAAAUUUGUCGUGUUCUGGUGACCAAAAAAACCAGCAAGAAGGUUCACAAUUGGAUUCAAAAUAUACAGAUUUAUCAUUUUCCUUUGGUAAAGCCAAAGAACAAUCAACUCAAGAGUUUGAAUCUAAACAUCAAGAAUUGCCUAAAAUGGCCAGAAAAAGAGCUUCCCCAGCAACUACACAAAUAGAAUCAAAACAUCCAGAUUUCAUGUAUUCCCCUGGCAAAGCAAAUGAGCCAGAAGUUGCACUAUGGGAAACGAAACAUCCUGAUUUGUCACAUUCCACUGAUGAAUCAACCGAACAAGAAGUAGUACUAUUAGAUCAGAAACACAGAAAAAUUUCUGUUGGCAGAGAAAACCAGCAGCAAACUGCAAAACAGCAGUUAGAGCAAGAAAAGUUAUCACAUUCUCCUGGUAAAACAGAGCAAUUAAAACAUGUCCAGGAGGACUUAGAACAACCAGGUUUAUCAUUUUCGGUUAACAGGCUGGAUGACAAAACAGCCCCACCAGAGGCACAGCAUGCUGAUGUGAUAUAUCCUCUGGACAUCACAGAGGGCCUACAAAGAGCAGAAGAAACAGAGCAAGCUUAUCUCUUUGGAAAAGCAGAACAUAAAACAGUUCAGCUAGAAGCAGAAAUCCCACAUGUGGUCGAUGCUGUGGGCACAGCAGGAGAAGAAACGGCAGAACCAGGGCAGGGACAUCCUGACUUGUCUUAUUCUGUUUCCAAAGCAGGAGGACUGCAAACUGCACAGGUGAAACGCAAACACCCUGGUCUAAUAUGUUCCCGUGACAAGGUGCAGGAAACAACUCAGCUGGAGUUGGAACAGCCGGAUGCUUUGCCUGUUCAUGCCAAAACACCUUCUGAGCCAGAGCUGCUCCAAGUGGACUUGGCAUCCCCCGCUGACAAAGUGGGGCAGCGAGGGAUGGAGCACACAGCUUCAGGACACCUCAAUGAGAGACAGUCUGUCAGCAGAGCAGAGCAUCCACAAGCUACAAAGGAGAAGCUAGGAGCUCCAGAGGUAUCAACUCAUAGCAGAAAAGAAGAGCAAAGAGAAAUUGAAAAAACAGAACCAAAGCAUCCUGAUAUAUCAUAUUUCACUGAUAAAACACAAACACAAGAAUAUACACAACUGGUAUUGGGAAAGACAGCUCCAUCAUCCUGGCCUGGUGAAACAGAGAGAGCACAAACUGCUCAAGAGGAGCAGCCAGGCUUCUUGCAUUCUUUCAUAAAGGCUGCACAAGGUGAGAAAGGACAGCCAGAACUGGGACAUUCACAGUUAUCUUAUUCUGUUAGUGAAGCAGAACAAGAAACUGCACUUGUGAAAUCAAACCGUCCAGCUUUAUCUGCUGGCAGAUUAGAACACUAUGAAAUCGUACAACCAGAGGCAGAAGUAAUGGAUUUAUCAUGUUCAAUUGGUGAAACACAGAAACCUCAAAUGGCUGAAGCAGAUUUGGAGUAUCCAGAUUUAUUGCAUUCCACUGGCACAGUACAGGGACAAGUAAAGAUUCAACCAGUGCAGGAACAACCAGCUGAUUUUUCAUCAUCUCUUGGCACAGAGGAGCAAUGGGAAGGUGCAGGAAUGCAGGCAGAACACCCUGAGCUGCAGUGCUCUAGGAGGAAAACAGAAGAACUGCAAAAUUUCCAGACAAAAUCAGAACAUGUGGAUUUGUCAUUCUCUGUUGGCACAGCAGAACCUCAUAAAGCAACACAGCCAGAGUUGAAAGAACACAAUUUGUUGCAUUCUUUUGUCAAAACAAAGCCAUCAUUGGCUGCCCCAUGGGAGCUUGAACAUCCAGACGUCUCAGAUGCCAUGGGCAGAGUACCACACCCUGAUUUGUCCUCUUCUGUUAGUGAAGAAAAACAAAGUGCACAACUGGAGGUCACACAGGAGAGAGGAAGCUUUACAGUACACCCAGAGGAAACAGUACAACUGAGAUUGGAACAGCUGAUGUUUUCAAGUUCUGGUGGCACAGCAGAGCAACCAGACAGGGCCCCACUGGAACGGGAACUCCCAGACUUGUAUUCCUCUGGCAAAAAGGAGCAACAAGAAAUGGCAAAACAAGAGUUGAAGCAUUCCGAUUUAUCAUAUUCCACUGAUAAGACUCAGCAACAAGAAACUGCACAACGUGCAUUAGAACAACCAGAUUUGUCAUCUUGCCCUGAGAAGACAUGGCAACCACAAACUGUUCAAGUGGAAGCAGAGCAUCACGACUUGCUGCAUUUCACUGGAAAAACAGAAUGGCGAGGAACAGCACAACCAGAGGCUGGGCAUCCAGAUUUGUCGUAUUCCAGUGACAAAGCAGAGCAGCCACCAGCUGCACAAUGGAAAUCAGAGCAGCCCAUAACACCCCAUCCCACUGAAAAAACAGAGCAACAUUCAGAGUGGGAACUUCCCAGUUUAUCAUUUUCAGUUAGCAAAACACUGUCACAAGAAGCAGCACAAAUAGACUUUGGGCAACAAGAUUUAACAUGUCUCCUUGGUAACACACAUGAAAUGCAAACUGUUCAAAGUGAACUGGAACAUUCAGGUUCAUUGUAUUCUUCUGACAAAAGAGAACAAGAAAUGGCAUUGCCAGAGUUGCAACAUCCACAGCUAUCUCAUCUUGUUAGAGAAACAGAAGAGAAAGCUACACAUCAGAAAUCAAACUAUCCAGAUUCAUCAUAUUACAUUGGUCAACAAGAGCACCAUGAAAUUGAAAAGCCUGAGGUGGAAGAAAUGGAUUUAUCAUAUCUAUCUGGGAAACCAGAACACUCACAACCUGCCCAAGAAGUACUGCAGCAGCCAGAGCUUUUGGAGUCCUUUGGCAAACGAGAGGAAAAGCAAGUGGCCCAGCCUGGCUUUUUGCACUUCCUUGGUGAAGAAAAGCAGAAACCAGCUGCAGAGUUAGACUUAGUGCAGGCAGGUUUAUCACAGUUGCUUGACAAAACAGAACACCGAGAAACAGCACAAACACAGUUCACGUCUUCUGAUUUUUCAUAUUCCGCAGAAAAAACAGAGCAGUUGCAAACAGAACGACUAAAAUUGAAAUGUCCAGAUUUGUCAUAUUCUCAUGUAAUGAAACCAGCAGAUUUAUUGCACUCCUAUGGCAAAGCAGAGCAACCACAGAGUGCCCAGAUGGAGCAUCCAGAGUCGUCGUACUUCAUGGGUGAAAUGGAGCGAAAGGAUGGGGCCCAAACUGAAGGGCAGUGCAUUGAUUUGCAGUACUCUGUUGUUGAAAGAGAGCAAGAAGAAAAAGCUUCUGUAUCAUAUACCUUUGGUGGGACUGAGAAGCCGGCAACUGCAAAACUGGACUUUGAACAAUCAGAUUUAUUAAGUGCUAUGGGCAAAGCAGAAAAGCAUGAAAUGCCCCUGCUGAGAGCAAGACGUUCAGAGAAGCGAGACACUGGGGCUACUUCAUCUCUAACUGCCCAGUUGGAAACUGAGAAACAAAAUGUAUCCCUUUCCACUGAGGAAGCAGAGCGCCAAAAAAAUACACUGUAUUCAUCUCUUACUGAGCAAACAGUGUAUGUACCUUUGGAUGUUUCACAUUCUGUCUCUGAAACAAAACCUGAAGGAAUUCCAAAGUCCUCGCCUGUAACUGGAGGCCUGUCCCCCAAGCACUCAGGUUUGUCUCACAUCCACUGUAAAACAGAGCAGUCAGAAACUGCCCAGCCCGGGUCAGGUUUCUUCUUUGCAAGAAAAGAAGCAGAGAAUGAAAAAAGUCAUGUAUAUUUGCCUGUGGAUGUACAGUCAGAGGCUGAACAUGUCAUUUUACCUGAAAGAGAGAGAGAACAGACUCCACAUUACUUCCACACAGCUAUGCAAUUAGAAUCUGAACAACUGAAUUUAUCAUAUUCUACAGAUAAAGUAGAAACUCUAGAAAGCCAAGAUUAUUUAACUGUACCUUCAAAACUGGAGUCUGAACCUUCAGUUCCAUUUUAUUCAGCUGACAAAACAUGUCAGCAGGAAAUUCCACCUUAUACAAAACCAGCCUCUGAAUAUUUGGUUCCCACAUGGUCCCUCGCUGAACAGGAAAAGCAAAGCUUGCAGCCAUUUAUUGCCCGGUCUGCACAACCAGAGUGUAAAAGUGUAAUUGCACCACAUGAUGAAAAAGAAUUGCAAAAAAUUCAGCUCUAUUCACCUAAGAAAGCAAGCUUGAAGGCAGUGCAGUUGGAGGCUGUGCCUCUACCGUUCACACAAGGCCAAAAUGAGCAAGAACCUCAAGAUCAUUUGUUGAACACAUCAUCAGAACAGCUGAGAGGCCCCCGCAAACUCACUGCUGACCAGGAUAAGCAGGACAUGCAAUCUGAUGUGCAGACAGUGCCAAGGUCGGUGGCUGCAGCCUCAGAGAUGACUCCUGUAGCGGAGCAGCAAGGAGUGUCGUCAGAUUCAUUUGUACCUUUUCAUACAUUACGUGAAAAGUCAGUAUCAGUGGCUGUUACUGGUGAUGAAGAGAAACAAAAUAUCCCAUCAUCUGUAUCUGAUGCAGCAGGCAUUCUUGGAAGACAGUCUGACGUAGUUUCAGGCAUUUAUACUGAAGGAGAGGGUAGACAUGAAAGGCAACCAUAUUUUGCAGACCAAAAGCAUACGUCCUUAGAGCACCUGAGAGUUGUUUCGUCAGAUCUUGGUUAUGAAACUGUGACACAAAAAACUGAGCAUUAUUCUGGUGAACAGGGCAACCUUUCUUCAAGAGAGAUGAAGUCUGUCAGCUCUAGUUCUGACGAAAAGCAGAAUCCAGAUAUUCCAUCUUUUGGGCUAGCUACCUGGCUAGCAGAAGAGGUGAAAGCUCGCUCAAUUAGUCCAGUAAGAGCUACAGAAGUAGACAGGCAAAGAAUUCAACUUUUUCCAAAUGAAGCUUCUGAUUUUGGAUCAAAACAACUCCCAGCUGGAAGCUGCACAGAACUUCAAGUUCAUGGUGCUACAAAGAGUAAAGGACAUAUGUUUGAAGUUUCUGAUUCCAUGUCAAGUGAAAUUUCCCACAGAAUGUCCUCAGACACUAGUCACAGAGCACAAAGGUAUGAUUUAGCAUCUCUGGGAGGAGAUAAACCAGGUCCAGACAAAGUUCCAGGGAGUGAAACUAGCAUUGGAAACCCUACAAAAAUUGAAGCAAUGCAACGUCUGGAGGUAGACAAAGUAUCUGAAGUGCCUGAACAUUACCUGAGAGGAGAAGAGGAAGAAAUGGAGCAUGUGAGCACUGUAGAAGACGGUCAGCAUGCUCCAGAGCCUACUGAACAAAAGGAUCUAUUUAAUAUCAUUUCAGAAGGUUAUGAAAUACUCAAUAUUCAUGCUCCUACACAUAUUUUUUCUGUUGAUCAAGAAGAAAGUAAACAAAUGACAGAUAAACUAGAAUACUUGGAAACAAAUCCUUCAUUAAAAAGAAAAUUAGCUGAUGAAUGCCAUAGAGCCCUAGCUUCUGAAACAACUACAGAGAUUUCAGAAAGCUCAGUGGUGGGAAAUCCUUCAAGCCAUGAACUAAAAGAAGUAGUGAAAACUGAUGAUGUUGAGGAAACUAGAGAAACUCAACAAGAAAAUCCCAUGUUGCCAGUAAACAAUAAUAAUGCAGUGUUGGAUCCUAAUAAUGGUACAGCUGAUGUGGAUUAUUUUGAAAAAUAUACAUUGAUUGAUGACAAAUCUCCAGUUAAGCCACAUUUUGAAAGACCGAGUACAUUGUUUCCUGUGAUGGAAGAUCCCGAUGAACCCGUGGAAGAAACCACAUCCUUUAAAGAAAGCACUGAGGUAGAUACUUUGGAAGAGGAGUUUUCCCUGCUUGAGGAUCUGGAUGAAGUCUUUUAUGGUACUGUGAAAGAAGAAAGCAAAAUGCAGUCCUAUGCAGAUGCUCUAAAACCUUUACCUCUGCAGCAAUCAAUUGAUAUUAGCAGUAAAAAGGUUACAAAUGUAGAAGAUGAACGGAAGUCACCAGGGACACCACUCUUUGAUUCAGAAGAAGGAGUGCUAGAACGGUCUCUGUUGUUCCCUACCACUGUUGCUGCAGUUAAUCCAGAGCUUCUAGAGGAGCCACCUGCUCUGUCAUUUUUAUACAAGGACCUCUAUUCAGAAGCAGUAGGAGAAAAGACAAAGGAUGAGACUCCCUCUGAUGAGGAAAGUGGUAAUUCUAAUGCAUCUUUCCCUAGUAGAAAUUCAGACACAGAUGAUGGAACAGGAAUAUAUUUUGAAAAAUACAUUCUUAAAGAUGAAAUUCCAAGUAAGGCCUUGGGGCCUCCAACAGAGCAGAUACCAGAGGAUGAGUCCUUUAGUGGAGGAAUUGCAGUUCACAGUUCAGAGGACAGACACAGGAAGGGGUCUGGUGAUGUUCGACAUGUCAGAACUGAGGUUGUGCCAGGAAAGGUUGUUGUGGACAAAGAGAAAGUCCAGGUUGACAGUGACAUUCAAGCAACAAUCUGUAAACCAACGCAUGCUAUUCCUUUUGGAAGCAAACUGACUCUUUUAGGUGCAAGAAGUGAUGCCACUGAACAAAGAGAAGAAGAUAAUGUACCUUUAGAAACAACUGAAGAAUUGCCAGAGCAAACAAGUCAUCAAGCAUAUAGUCAGCUAGUGGAUUAUCAGGGAGCUGCAUAUCAAGAAGCUGGCAAUAAGCAGGAAGAACAGCACAAUAUAACAGCAGUUCCUCGAACGGAAAAAUACGUCCCAUAUGUCAGGACUCCUGUUGAAGACAGUGAGGAUGAUCAGUAUAUUCAGGAAAACCUUUCCUGUGUCCCUACCAUUCAGCAAACAGAGAAGCCAGAUUUGCAAAGAGCGGAGCGGCACCCUGAUGUUUAUGGAGAUCUUGCUGAGUCAAUGGACUAUGAUGUGAUUACACAAGAAGAACUUUUGCAAGAUGAAAUAUCAUCUCAAUUCACACAUGAGGAGCUAUUAUUUGAAGACAGGGACUCUUUUGAGCAUGCUGGUGAUAGUUACGAAUUUGUUAACAAACCAGAGCAAAGAACACCUGUUGAGAUUGAAGAUUCAGGCUUUGUGGUGAUGUAUCCUGAAAAAUCAACAACUAACAUUCCUCAAGUUGAGAGCCCACAGAGAGAACUGAAGAAAGUGCAAGCAGACACAUAUUGUUACCACUGCAAAUGCCCAAUAUCUGCCAUUGACAAGCUUUUUGGGGAACAUAAAGACCAUGAAGUCACAACACUAGAUGAUGCUGCAACCAAGAUGAAGGAUCAGUUAAAUGAAUUGCUGAUAGCAGUGGAAGAAAAGUCAAUGAAGACUGAAGAAUUUGUGAGUGAUAUUGAAUCACUAUUUAAAUCUGUUGAGGAAAACUGUAAGAAAAAUGCAGAGUUAUUGGAAAAGCAGAAUGAAGAGAUGCUUAAGAAAAUGGUAGCACAAUAUGAUGAGAAAUCGGAGAACUUUGAGGAGCUGAAGAAGAUGAAAAUGGAGUACCUAUAUGAGCAGAUGGUUAACUUCCAGCAAACUGUUGAUUCAGCAAAGGAAACUUUGGAGACAACACUAAAAGAAAUGGAAGAACUCGAUGGAUUUGUUUUCCUAAACUCAUCUAAAGAAUUGAAUAAAAGGUUACUUUCUGCAAUGGAUACUGCCCUCUCUUUAGAAAAGGUGCCCAGAGGUUUCUCACUCUUUGAGCACUAUGCGGACAGUCCAGGGCAAGGCAACCAACACGCCUUAAAACAUGUGGCUGUCCCACAGACACCAGCUGUUGUACCUCAGGAACCAAACUCGGCCACCAGCACCUCCAUUGCCAUCUACUGGAUUGUGAAUGAUGGGGACGCCAUUGACUGCUUCCAGGUCUACUGUAUGGAGGAGCUGCAAGCCGGCAAAGAUGCAGGGGCUUUGGUGGAAGAGUAUAGAGUGACGGUGAAGGAGAGCCACUGCAUUUUGGAGGACCUGGAACCAGAUCGCUGCUACAGUGUGUGGGUCAUGGCUGUGAAUGGCACAGGCUGUAGCUUACCCAGUGAAAAAGCCAUUUUUAAAACAGCACCUGCUGUCCCCACCAUCAAGGCCGAGGACUGCACAGUGUGUUGGGACGUGGCCACCAUCCGCUGGUGUGCUGGCUCAUCAUCGGCGGAGUCCUUCACCGUGGAGUACUGCCGACAGCACUCGCUGGAAGGAGAGGGUCUCAGAUCUUUUGCUGGUAUAAAGAGACCUGAACUGAAAGUAUCCCUGGAGCCCAAUGUGAACUAUUUCUUCUACUUGAGGGCUGUCAGCCCCUUUGGGACAAGUGAACAAAGUGAAGCAGCUCUCAUCUCAACUAAAGGAACUCGAUUUUGCCUGCUGAGCGACACAGCCCAUCCCGCUUUGCAACUCUCCUGCAAUGCAACCGUGAUCCACCUUCCUGAGAAAGCCAAAUUCACUGAGUUUCCUUCAGUCCUGGGUGAACUACUGCCUGCUCGGGGACGCCAUUAUUGGGAAAUCAUUGUCUCUGCUUGCAGAAGCUACAGGAUUGGAAUUUGCUACGAGACAAUAUCACAGAGCAAUGUCCUGGGGCUGAGUGAUACCUCCUGGUGCAUGCGGUGCUGUCCUACACAAACCAGCUUUCUUUACAGAUUUCUCCACACUGGUGUAAUGGGCGAUGUCUGUGUGACAGAACAGCUGGCCAGGAUUGGCAUCCUCUUGGAUUACAGCACCGACAGACUGUUGUUCUUCAAUGCAGAGAGAGGACUGGUGCUGUUCACCAUCCAGCAUAAGUUCACUGAUGCUGCUCACCCAGCUUUUGCCCUGGAGAAGGCUGGGAUGCUCACUCUGCUCACGGGGAUGGAGCUGCCAGAGUUUGUGAAACACAGCUAAUGCUCUGCUUCACACUACCAUGAAAACUGACAGCUACAGCUCAGGGGACAGGGAGGGGAGGAGGGGUGGCAGGGAGGGAUGUCUAGUCUUCAGUGAUGACUGCUACACACACAGCUCACCCCACAUCAUCGGUAAUUGUA